AUGAGGUCUUCCUCGUCACACGACGCGAUCCAUUCGUCCAGCGUCGAAGCUUCGGGCAGCGGUGACGCUGUCAAAGUCCGCCAUCCAUCCAAAUCCGGUGUCGAGACCUACAACGAGACCAUCAGCUUACCUGGAUAUGGAGGAGAGUCUGGAGGAUCCGUGGACUCAAUAUCUCUGGCCAAAGACGGGACUCAUCGGCGUCUGAAGUCUCGUCACAUCCAACUCAUUGGUAUCGGAGGUACCAUUGGCACUGCGCUCUUCGUCUCUAUCGGAAAUGGUCUUCUCAAUGGUGGCCCUGCUAGUCUUUUCCUGGCAUUCAGUAUAUGGUGCUCAUUCAUUCUUGCUGUCACUAUAAGUACUGCCGAAAUGGUCACUUAUCUNCCUAUCUCGUCACCCUUCAUCAGAUUCGCCAGUCGAUACAUGGACGAAGCUAUGGGCUUUGCAGCGGGCUGGAACUUCUUUGUGUUCGAGGCAAUCCUGGUGUUCUAUCUCAAGAUACAUAGUAGACUGCUAACAUCGUGGCAGNNUUUGAUCAAUCUCCUCACUGUCGAAUGGUAUGGCGAGACUGAGUUCUGGGCAGCUCUCGGAAAGGUCUUGCUGAUCGUCGGUAAGCUUAUGCAAUCUUGCGUGUUUCUCGACCUGGUUUUGAUACUUUCUNNAGGACUCAUCAUUUUCACUUUCAUCGUCAUGUUGGGCGGUAACCCGCUCGGCGAAAGAUUUGGCUUUAGAUAUUGGAACAAUCCUGGAUCUUUUGCUCAACUAUACUAUGGGGGACAGCUCGGUUACUUCCUCGGCUUCCUUCAAUGCUUCAUCCAGGCUUCGUUCACCAUUGCUGGUCCAGACUAUGUCAGUAUGGCGGCUGGUGAGGCCGAGAACCCACGUGUUGUCAUGCCAAAAGCAUUCAAGGCCGUCUUCUACCGUCUGACCGCUUUCUUCAUGCUCGGCUCUCUCUGCGUCGGCAUCCUGGUUCCAUACAACGACAAGGAACUUAUAGCCGCCACUACCGCCGGCCUUCCUGGCGCAGCAGCCUCGCCCUAUGUCGUGGCCAUGAAUCGUCUACGCAUCAGAGUACUUCCUGAUAUCGUCAAUGCUAUGGUCUUGGCAAGCGCUUUCUCGGCUGGCAACAGCUACGUCUAUUGCGCAUCUCGAUCUCUUUACGGUCUCGCCCUUGAAGGCAAGGCACCCAAGAUACUCACCCGCACCACCCGCCGAGGUGUGCCCAUCUACUGCACCCUCGUCGUCCUGUGUAUCGCUCUCCUCGCCUUCCUGCAAGUCAGUGCUAACGCCGCCACCGUGCUCAAAUGGUUCAUCAACCUGGUGACUGCAUCUCAGCUCAUCAACUACGCGGUCAUGUGCAUGACCUUCAUCUUCUGGAAACGCGCUUGCGAUGUGCAAGGAUUUGAUCGCAACAGCCUACCCUUCAAAGGAUGGGGCCAGCCUUACCUUGCCUGGUAUGGUUUCGUCGGCUGCAUCGUCAUGGCCUUUGUAGGAGGAUACUCUGUGUUCCUGCCCGGCAAGUGGGAUGUUCCAACUUUUAUCUUCAGCUACUUCAUGAUUGGACUGUUCCCCAUCUUGUUUAUCGGGUGGAAGUUGAUCAAGAGGACGAAGUGGACCCGUGCGGUUGAUGUCGACCUCAGAGGUGAGGUGGAUGAGAUUGAGGAGUACCAGGCUACUUUUGUGCCUGAUGCAUCAAAUGACACUCACUUCGAGAAGGUCUUGGACAAAAUUUUCGGUUAA